UUGCAAUCGAGUCAAUCGCCUACAGCGCUCGGCCGGUGCACCACGGGGCACCACGGAGCGCGCUCCUCCGCGGCCGUCUGACCCCUCGUCGAACUUCGGCCAGAACGACAACACAUCGCACCGGCAGCGAGCGGAACCGUGCGACACAGCGAUGUGGACUGAGCCGGCGCGCAGCUCGGCGGUGGGGCCCGACUCUCCGGACGGCGACCUGGACGACGGCGCACGGCCGCUGGUUCGAAUCGAGACGGGCGCGCUGCGGGGGCGCAGGAAGAGGACCGCGAAGGGAGCGGUCUACUUCAGCUUCAGGGGCAUCCCCUACGCCACGCCGCCCCUGGGGGACCUGCGGUUCAGGGCGCCCCGGCCCGCCCAGCCGUGGUCAGGCGUCCGUGACGCGGGCAGCUUCGGGCCGCAGGCCAUGCAGUCGCUGAUGAUUAUCCCCCUGGGGCCGAGGUCGUGGACACCGGGCGGUGUGGCGGCGCACGCCAAGACCGUGCCCGCCUUGCUGCGCGCGGGCUGGAGGGGACUGCGCGCCAAGGAGGACUGCCUCUACGCCAACGUGUACACGCCGCAGCUGCCCCGGCUGGCGUCGCACCCCGGCCUGCCCGUGCUGGUGUUCAUCCACGGCGGGGGCUUCCGCCACAGCGACGGCAGCGACACGCUGCUGGGCCCCGAGUACGUCAUGGAGGCGGGCGGCAUCGUCCUCGUCACCUUCAACUACCGGCUGGGGCCUUUCGGCUUCCUGGCGGUGGGCACCGCGGAGGCGCCGGGCAAUGCGGGCCUCAAGGACCAGGCGCUGCUGCUGCACUGGCUGCGCGACAACAUCGCCUCGUUUGGCGGCGACCCCGGCAACGUGACCCUGGCCGGCGAGAGCGCCGGCGGCGUGGCGGCGCACCUGCACUGCCUGUCGCCGCUGUCGCGAGGGCUGUUCCACCGCGUGAUCGCCUCCUCCAGCCUGGCGUCCUCCGACUGGGCCAUGGAGGAGCAGCCGCUGCAGCACGCGCGCGCCCUGGCCAAGGCCCUGGGCGUGGCCGAGCGCGACCUGGCCGACCCCGACGCCCUGGUGCGUCGCCUGCGCGCCGUGCCCGCCUCCGCGCUGCAGCGACAAUUUCAACGCAUGCACCCCAUCUUCACGCCGCGCCUCACGCUGGGCAUGUUGUUCGUGCCCGUGGUGGAGCCCGCGCUCGACGGCGCGUUCCUGGCCGAGGACCCCGUGACCGUGCUGGCCGAGGGCAGGCAGGCCGACGUGGCCCUCAUGACGGGCAGCAACGACAUGGAGGGCCUCGUCAUCUUCUUGGGCAUCGGCGACGGGGUGUUCGGCCCCAAGGGCAAGGCCAGGGAGAGGGCCUUCAUGGAGGAGUGCAUGCGGCACAGCCCGGCGCGCCUCCUGCCCGUCGACCUGCACCGCGCCCUGGACGGCCGGGAGCGGGCCGCCCUGGCCGGCGACGUCCUGCAGCACUACUUCGGGGACGGCGGCCUCGGCGCCGGCAAGUUCCACCAGUUCAUGGAGCUGUUCGGCGACACGCUGUUCGUGCUGCCCGUCCUGAGAGACAGCCGCCUGCACGCGGCCACCGGCACCGCCCCGGUCUACCACUACUUCUUCAACCACGACGGCCAGCUCAACCUCUUCAAGCAGAUGAUGAAGCUCACGUCGUACCGAGGCGCGUCCCACGCCGACGAGCUGGGCUUCGUCUUCAGGCCGGCAAUCAUAGCGCCGUCGUACCGGGAGUCGAGUCCGCGCGACGCCGCCUGCAAGGCCAACGUGCUCACCCUGUGGAGCAACUUCGUCAAAACUGGGAAUCCAACCCCUCCUGCGCCGCCUGGGUCGAGUGCAGACUUGGGCCUGGCCUGGACGCCGCGGACGGAGGAGUGCCUCCACUUCCUGGAAAUCAACCACAGUCUCACCAUGAGGAGUGGGGCGCUCUACGAUCGGUUAAAAUUCUGGAACGAUGUCUACAAAAAGUACCUCAACGUGCCGCUGUUUUGACGAUGGAUAGAAGGCUGUGAACGUAUUGUAAACAAAAAAAAUGUUCAAAAUAUUUUUUAAGUUGAAUUUAAAGUGGUGAUUACUAUUUAUCAAUGUUGUUACAAGACUGGGAUGACGGAGGAUAAAAUAAACAAGGUAAAUGAAGCAUCUUUAA